GAAAGGACAUUCAUUUUCAAUUUUCAUUGUCAUGAAUAGAUAAACAAUAAAUUUGAUCGAUGACGAUGCGUGUCGGAACCAACGGCAACGGUACAACGGCAAGGCAAGGCAGGGCAAGGCAGAUUCCGGCAAUUGCAUAAAGUUGGGCGGUUACCGCGAUUGGCAUGUACAGGUACCGAACCGAGUUCCGAGACCGGCAACGCUUCCGACGGAACACGGCACGGUUUCGUUGUUGCAUUCAUGGCUUCAAGUUCUCGGGCACUCACUCGGAGGCCUUCCGAGACUUCGAUCACAGAUAAGCCUUGGCGGUGCGCGUACAUGCUGGCGAUGAUCAUCAAUAACAUCCUGUGGCUUACCAUCUUCUCCUUGGGUACCGUACCAGUUCAAGCACAAAGUAAACAGAAACCACUGUCUACACCCAACAGCAACAACAACAACAACAACAACAACAACAACAACAACAACCAAAUGGCGGACUACAACCGUUCUUCGAGUGGUGGUUGGAAACCCGUCCUCGACCCCACCGACAACAAGACCAUCAUCGGCCACCACUGGCGCCGCCAUGACUACGUCCCCGGCGAGGAAGCCUUGGCCCUCCAGACCCUCGACAUGUGGAUUCCCAUCUCCCCGGCCGCCUUAUCCUACGGCAAACCUACCCCCAACACACUGCUCGGGGACGGAGCAAAGGCCCCCUGGCUCAUCUACAUCCACGGCGGCGCCUGGCGCGACCCCGCCAUCGACUCGUCCUCUUUCAACGCAAGCGCCACCAAAAUCCUCUCGUACCUCGCUCAACAACCCCUUGAGCAAAGAAAGAAGACAGUGGCGGGGAUCGCCUCCAUCAACUACCGCCUCUCCCCCUACCCUAACCACCCUAUCCACCCUUCUAACGACCCGUAUGACCCCAACCGCACCGCCAAGCACCCUGACCACAUUGCCGAUGUGCUUACCGCGCUGGGGUUCCUCCGAAACUACUUUGGAAUGAAGGAGUACGUGCUGGCGGGCCAUAGCUGUGGCGCGACGCUGGCGCUGCAAGCCUGCAUGUCGCCCGAGCGGUGGGGGCUGGCUGGGACUGCAGAGUGGCGCGCAGGAUGGUAUAAUGUAGCAAAGCCAAAGGCAGUGGUGGGGUUCAACGGGUUGUAUGAUCUCGCGGGUUUCAUUGCGGAUCCCCCGAAAGGUUAUGAGAGGUGGAGGGAGGCGUAUAGAGAGUUUGUUGUCGGCGCGUUUGGGAAGAAGGAGGAGGAUUGGAAAAAGGUGUGUCCUGGGAGUAUCGCGGAGGGGUGGGUGAGGGAGUGGAAUCUGACUCAACAACAAGGGGAAGAAGGGAAGAAGAGGAAGGUGGUGCUGGUGCAGAGUUUGGAGGAUAGCUUGGUGCCGGUGAAGCAGACGGAGGGGAUGGCGGAGUAUCUGGAGAGGGAGAACCAAAAGGUGGCAGACGAGGGUAAAAAGGUUGAGGUGGUGGUGUUGCGGGAGGAAAAGGGUGGUGAUCAUGAUGAGGUUUGGAAGAAGGGGGAGAGGUUGGGGGAGAUUUUGCUGGGGGUUUUGAAUGGGGAGAUUUGAGCAUCUGCUGUGAUAAGCUACGGGUUACAUGGGCUUUUGUUCGGUUGGAGGCAAAAGUAUGCCCUUUUCAAACAUCCAUUGAGCGUGGUCAAGGUUCCCAGACAAUUACACAUUGCAUGCAGAGAAAAAUUGCUGGUUUAGCCAUGUUGAACGCAAUGGCUUGAAAGCCUAUUUAUCCGUACUACAUCAGCGUCAAAAGACUAUGAAGCAAUCCUUUAGAGUCUUUUUCAAGUCUGACGAGUAUAGUCCGUGUAACAGCGACUACUGCAAUGGGCUGAAUGUGGGCGAAUAGUCUUUGAGACAUUGUGGUUGCACGGGGAGUUGAAGAGACUUUUGGAGCACCACAUCACAUUGGACAUUGGCAGUCAACGGACCAGCCAAAAAAUGAUUGUCUUUUUUCAGAGCGUCG